AUGACAAAUGAUGUCGAAAUGAAAACAGAACAAGAGGAGCUUCCUGUGUUUCCAACUGUCCAUGUUCUUCAGGUUGUGAAAGACGCACAACAGCAACAUGGUUUGCGACAUGGGGAUUAUGCUCGUUAUCGAAAAUACUGUGCUGCAAAGCUGGAGCGUAUGCGCAAAGCUAUGAAGUUUACCAACACUCACAACUGCCAAAAAAGACGACCUGCGAAGUUUGUCAAAAAGUGGUUGAACGCCGAAGCAAUUCACAAUGUCCAGUACCUCAAUUUCGGUAUAUUCGAGUCAGAAAGACGCUAUGCUGAAGCGAUGAUUGAUAAAAUUACUUUGGAAGACAACCCGGAGAAAUCUAGAAAACGCUUCACCAUGAUCAAUUCGUUGCGCAAAGCCGUUCUUCAUGUUACGAAUCUUGAGAAAAUUGUUCAAGAGAGCGAUCGAUUCGACGCACCAACUAAGCUCGAAGCUCAAGCAUAUGCUGCCUGGAUGCGAGGAAUGUGUGCUUUCGAGUCUAGGAAUUGGCAGAAAGCUUCCGAAUCUCUGAAACUUGCUAAGACUGUCUAUGAAAAGCUGGCUGAGGCCACAAACAACACCACGCUUUCUUCUUUGUUCAAAGGUCGUUGUCGUGAAAUUCAGCCACAGCUUCGUCUAUGCGAAUUCAAUAUCGCUGAGUCACCUGGCGCAGUGGGAACCAUGACUGAAUUGAUGGAGUUGAGAAUGCAAAUGGGAGAAGGAGGAGACAGUUCUGUCGAUAAGCUCAUUUCGGAAAUGCGCGCGUCUGCUACAUCAGCUGAAUUCGUCACCAUUGAGUGGGGAGGAAUGAAGAGCACUGUUGAUGAUGACAAGGCUAAGCAAGUUAUUCAGGAAUGGAAACAAACUGAAAUUGAAUUGGCUCAAUGCCAAACACCUAAGGAACGAAUGGCUCUUUUCGAAAAAGCGACUGCUGACACACGAGACGCUAUCGAUCGCAUUUCGGAUAUUAUUCGUCGCAAAAGCAUAUCUGGAAUCUUGAAAAUGAACGGAACUGCUUCACGAUACUUGGCUAUCAUUGAUAACACAAAGAGCGAAAAGAAGAAUAAACCUCAAGAUUUGCUUAGACUUUACGAUUCGGUCAUUGAAAUCUAUAAGGAAGUUUCGGAGACACCUGGAGCUGAAUACGAUAAGAAUCUGAUUGAGGCUUUCGAAGUGAAGGUUGAAUACUAUAGAGCUUUCCGUUGCUUCUACAUGUCUUCUUCAUACUCAGCACUUCAUAAAUAUUCUGAAGCUGCUGCUCUUUUCGAUCGGACUCUUUCCCGUAUUCAAGAAGCUGAGGGCAAACUCAAGAAACUGAAAUCUAAUUUCUACAUCACUAAUGAGACCGCACAGUCAUUGAAUGAGCUCAGAUCGGAAGUAGACGCCGCAAAGAUUUCUGCACGUGCUGCAAGACUAGCUGCAGCUGCAGGAGAUAUCAAAACUGAUUCGGAAGUUGCAAAGACCAUCGAUGAACGCCCACUUUUGGAGACAGUAAACGAGUGGCGUCAAUGGAAUGUUCGUGAAUCGUUGAGAGACAAGAAAACCAUUCCGGUGGCAAGCCUUCCACCAGCUUUCAUUCCAAUGCCUAAUAAGCCAAUUUUCUUCGAUUUGGCCAAUUUCCAUCUAACAAUGCCAGAUGUUGAGGAUCGUCUAGAGAAACUUCAAAAAGAUCGUGAUGCUCAAACACCGAAGAAAACAGGGAAAGGAGGUUCUGCUGCUCCAAAUACAUCGGCCUCAAAAGAAGGAGAAGGUCAACAGGGAAUUUCUGGAAUGGUCACAGGAUGGUUCUGGGGAAAGAAGUAG